AUUAGUCAUUCUUCUCACUUAUAUAUCGUAAUAAUAAUAGUUUAUUAUACACCAGUAGAAAUAUAUUCUUCGCUGGAUGUUUGUGAUACGUCUUGUUAGUUCUAUCUAUGUUCUGAUGUACAGUUCUCCAUCAUAGUCCAAUUGGAUGUAUUAGACUCAUUAUAUCAAAAGAAAUAUAUUUUUCCCUGGAUGUUUUUAUCUUAUGCUGUGUGACAUGUAUUGUUAGUUCUUUCUAUGUUCUGGUGUGCAGUUCUCCACCAUGAUCCAGUUUGAUAUAUUUGACUAGCUGUAUUAAAUUAAGCAGCUUUAUCUCUGGGAGUAUAUGAAACAAGAACUGUGGUUUAAUUUAACUGGCUGUAUUAAAUGAAAAAGAUAAAUUAUUUCUCCAGGAGUAUAUAUUGUUGUUGUUAGUUCUGUCUAUGUUCUGUUAUGCAGUUCUCCACCAUGAUUCAUCCUAUAUAACGGAAACUAUGGUUCAUUAAAUGAAUUGGAAUUUUCUGUGGGAGUAUAUAUUGGUAUAUGCUGUCUACCUAAGAUCGUUCAGUUUUCCACCAUUGUUGACUGCAACUGUGGUUUAAUCAACUCGCCGUAUUAAAUAAACUAGAUUGUUCAUUGAGAGGAUAUAUCGACGUGUGCUGUCUACCUAUGAUUGUGUAUUGUUUGUUUUUUCUACGUUUUAUUGUGCAGUUUUCCAUCAUUGCUGACUGAAUCUGUGGUUUAAUUGAUUAUAAAUACUGAUAAUGGCGAGAUAUUUUACUAUUCAACUGACUGUAUUAACCGUACUGGUUACUAAUAGUUACGGACAGGUAUAUAACAACAUUGCGUGUAACGGCGUCAACACGUCCUGUGCACAACACAAUCUAUGGUGUCGUAACGAGGGCGCAUUGGUGAUAAAGAGAGCACAAUAUGGCUAUGUUGUACCACAAGCACAUUGUGUGUCAGUUAACACAACUUGUACGAACUCGAAUUCAUGUUGUCGGUACGACAGGUCGGACUGUUUGGUCGACUUUAAUGCUAGUGAAAUGUCGGAUAUAUAUAAAUGCAGUGGAUUGUCAGGCUGUAAAAUUCUGCCCCCACCAAGAGGUGUGGCUAGUAAUUGUAGUGAUGAUAAAGACUACACGUAUUCCCGGAUUCAACACGGAUGCAGCAAUGCAUCUGUAAUUAUUGAUGUUAGUGAUAAAAGCACGGAGACAAAAAUAAAGAAUCAGGUCAUAAUUAGAUAUUAUAAAUAUGAUGUUGAUGGGGAUGACGAAACUGGGGGACGAAGUGAAAGUACAGAAAUGAAGAAAAAGAAGAAGAAAGAUGAUGAAACUGAUUUAGGAUGCCUCUGUAAAGUUUCAUUUAUAACUUACAUAUUUUUGUAUCAAACUAACGAUGAUCGUCAACCUAUAAAUGUGGGUGAUUAUGAAGCUGAGUCAGACACGUGGUACAAAAUAGAUGAUGGCCGUGUAUUUACAAUAAUAUUACCAAAACAUAACGUCAAUAUCACACUUAGAGCCAAAAAUCAACACCGAAAGAUUCAGUCUGUUACAUGUGGUUGUUAUGUUGAGGAUGUUGAAGUGGUUGUAGGCGAUACAAAACGUGAAUAUUUAAAGAGAGCGAAUCAAACCGAAGUUGAGAAUUUCUUUAUUACAAAAGAAGAUGCCGGAAGUGGUAAGGAAACGGUAGAUGACGGAGGUGGUGAGGUAACGGGAGGUGGUGAGGUAACGGGAGGUGGUGGAGGUGGUGAGGUAACGGGAGGUGGUGGAGGUGGUGAGGUAACGGGAGGUGGUGGAGGUGGUGAGGAAACGGAAGAUGGUGGAAAUGAGAGAUAA